GGGCAGCGGCAUUCGCGUGCAGGCAGAGAGAGAGCGCCCCGAUCCAGGUCCUCCUCCUCCUCCUCCUCCUGCGACCGAGGAGCCGCGGCGCGCAGGGGGCUCCUCUCCGGGCGAGGGGUGCUGCUGGAGCCGCGCGCCCCGCCCCGAGCCCUGCCCGGGAGGAGGCGCUGCAGCAGCGGGCGGGCGGGUGGCGAGAGAAGCUCGCAUGGAGGCGGCUUGACAGCAGCAGCAGCAGCCAGCCAGCCAGCCAGCCAGCGAGGGAGGAGGAGGAGGAGGAGGGAGGGGGCCGGCGGCUGCGGCUGCUGCGGCACUGGGGAUGCUGCGGGGGGCUCCCCCGGCGGGGCUCCGGUGAGGUCUGGCGCGGUGGGGGCGGCGUGGAGCGGGGGGCGGCCGCGGCGGCGCCGCCUGGGGGGAGCGGGCCGGCGGCGGCCGCGGCGGCGCCGCCGGCAUCCCCCUGAUCCAGGAGGAGGAGGAGGAGGAGGAAGAGGACGGCGGCGGCGGCGGCAGCAGCAGCGAGGGGCGCGCGAUGGAAGAGGCCGCCGUGCCGGCGAACGAGGAGCCGCCGCCGCCGCCGCCGCCACUGCUGCUGGCCCCGCCGCCGCUGAGCCUGCAGAAAGCGCUGCAGCAGUGCGAGCUGGUCCAGAACAUGAUCGACAUCAGCAUCUCCAACCUGGAGGGGCUGCGCACCAAGUGCGCCACGUCCAACGACCUCACGCAGAAGGAGAUCCGCACCUUGGAGAGCAAGCUGGUGAAGUACUUCAGCCGUCAGCUCUCCUGCAAGCGGAAGGUGGCCCUGCAGGAACGUAACGCCAGGCUGGAGGGGUUCCCGCAGCUGCUGCACUGGUUCCGGAUUGUCAACAUCCGCAAGGAGGUCAUGGAGGAAAUCACUCCUGGCCAGUUGAGCCUGGAGGAGCUUCUGGAAAUGACCGACGAGCAGGUCUGCGAGACGGUGGAGAAGUUUGGGGCCAACCGAGAGGAGUGUGCGCGGCUCAACGCCUCCCUCUCCUGCCUCAGGAGCGUCCACAAAUCAGGGGGCAGCCUCUCCAAGCAAGACUGGUCCAUCCAGUGGCCGGCCACACAGGCCAGCAAGGAGAACAACCCUGCCUGUCAGUCGGAAUCCAUGCAGUGGAUUCGAACUCACCUUUCUCCGAGCCCCAAAGCUCAGACCAAGAGCGUUCAGCAUUACUGCCACUUGGGCUUGUCUCACGGGCCGGUGUACACCCACGUGGACAGGCUGACUGUGGAAGGCUUUCCGGGGCUGUGCCCCCCUCUGGAAUCCGGGCACCGCUCCUUGCCGCCCUCCCCGCGGCAGCGGCACGCCACCCGCACUCCGCCACGCACCCCGAAUAUCGUCACCACCAUGACUCCGCCCGGCACGCCGCCGGUCAGGAGGAGGAACAAGGUGAAGCCGCCGGGGACGCCGCCCCCGUCCCGGAAACUGAUCCACCUUUUCCCGGGCUUCACGGCUCUGCAUCGCAGCAAAUCGCACGAGUUCCAGCUGGGCAACCGAGUGGAUGAGGCUCACACACCCAAAGCAAAGAAAAAGAACAAACCCCUCAACCUCAAGAUCCACAGUAGCGUGGGGAGCUGCGAGAACAUCCCCGCCCAGCGCUCCCCUCUCCUCUCUGAGCGGUCCCUGCGUUCCUUCUUUGUUGGACAUCCGACUUUCCUUCCUUCCACCCCUCCUGUCCACACCGAGAGCACCUUCUCGACAAAUAUGCUUUCAGUACCUCGCUGGUCCCCACAGAUUCCUCGACGGGAUCUUGGAAAUUCAAUCAAACACAGGUUUUCCACCAAGUAUUGGAUGUCUCAGACCUGCACUGUCUGCGGGAAAGGAAUGUUGUUUGGACUGAAAUGUAAAAACUGCAAGCUAAAGUGCCACAACAAAUGUACCAAAGAAGCCCCACCCUGUCACCUUCUGAUCAUCCACCGUGGAGCAGAGAUAAAUCACACUCUCCAACAUUCCACAGACGAAAAUCAGGACUCCUCUCACACUCCGAAUCUCACACCAAGGAUCAGUGCCCAAAGUCCCCCCCAGCCACCAUUACACAUUGGUAAAAGACUCUACUCUGUCCACGCAAGGUUAGUCCGGACAGAAUCGGUGCCAUGCGAUAUUAACAACCCGUUGCGGAAGCCACCGAGAUACUCCGACCUGCAUGUCAGCCAGACCCUUCCCAAGACCAACAAAAUCAACAAGGAUCACAUCCCAGUGCCAUACCAGCCUGACUCCAGCAGCAACCCCUCUUCGACAACGUCAUCCACGCCCUCCUCACCAGCUCCUCCCUUACCGCCCAGCGCCACACCGCCUUCUCCACUUCACCCUUCCCCACAGGGCACGCGGCCACAGAAGCCAUUCAACUUGCCAGCUUCCCAUUACUACAAAUACAAGCAACAGUUCAUCUUUCCAGACGUUGUUCCGGAGACACCGACCAGAGCGCCGCAGGUCAUCCUCCAUCCGGUGAAUUCCAACCCCAUCCUGGAAGGAAACCCAUUACUUCAAAUUGAAGUGGAGCCAACCUCUGAGAAUGAAGAGGGCCAUGAGGAGGAGUCCGAGGACGACUUUGAGGAGAUGAAUCUCUCUCUUCUCUCUGCCCGCAACUUCCCGCGCAAGGCCAGCCAGACCAGCAUCUUCCUCCAGGAGUGGGACAUCCCCUUUGAGCAGCUGGAGAUUGGCGAACUGAUUGGCAACGGCCGCUUUGGGCAGGUGUUCCACGGCCGCUGGCACGGAGAGGUGGCCAUUCGCCUCAUUGACAUUGAGCGGGACAAUGAGGACCAGCUGAAGGCCUUCAAGCGGGAAGUGAUGGCCUACCGGCAGACACGGCAUGAAAACGUGGUGUUGUUCAUGGGCGCCUGCAUGAGCCCUCCUCACCUCGCCAUCAUCACCAGCCUGUGCAAAGGACGGACACUCUACUCAGUGGUGAGGGAUGCCAAGGUUGUCCUGGAUGUCAACAAAACAAGGCAGAUCGCUCAAGAGAUUGUCAAGGGAAUGGGCUAUCUUCAUGCCAAGGGGAUUCUCCACAAAGACCUCAAGUCUAAAAACGUGUUCUAUGACAACGGGAAGGUGGUCAUCACAGACUUUGGCCUCUUCAGCAUAUCAGGAGUUCUCCAAGCAGGCAGAAGGGAGAACAAACUGCGGAUCCAGAACGGCUGGCUGUGCCACCUGGCCCCAGAAAUCAUCCGCCAGCUCUCACCUGACACGGAGGAAGACAAGCUGCCUUUCUCCAAGCAUUCAGAUGUCUUUGCACUUGGCACCAUUUGGUACGAGUUGCACGCCCGGGAGUGGCCUUUCAAGACGCAACCAGCGGAGGCAAUAAUUUGGCAAAUGGGCCGCGGGAUGAAGCCGAACCUCAGCCAGAUUGGCAUGGGGAAGGAGAUCUCCGACAUCCUUCUCUUCUGCUGGGCCCACGAGCAGGAGGAGCGGCCGACCUUCACCAAGCUCAUGGAGAUGCUGGAGAAACUGCCAAAGCGGAACCGCCGCCUUUCCCACCCGGGCCACUUCUGGAAGUCCGCUGAGCUGUGACAGAUGGCUCAAAGAGAUGGUGCCUUUCAUACACCUUUCUUCCCCUCCCCUCCUCCUCCUCCUCCUCCUCUUCCUCCUCCUCUUCUGUGCCAGAGGAGUACAGCCAACAUGGGGAUGUUCCAGGGGCAAAGAGACACUCUCUCGCUCUGAUCCCUGGAAUGGACACCUGGACCGCGGAAGGAGUCACAUGCCCAGCCUAGGAACCCUGAAGGAUCUUGCAUGCAGAGGAGGAACAGGUUGGAAAUCAUUCACGGGAGGCACUGUGCGGUAUCUCCGCGGGCCCUCCUGCUGCUCUCUGGCGGCGAACAAUUUUGGGGAGGCUUCUGGAGGGGGGCCAGUCCGUCAUAGCCCCCCAGUGAUUCCUAUUGGACAGGGGCAACAGCUGCAUCAAAGCGUCGGUAUUUCCUGAAACCCAGCGAGCACUCUCGGAGACUGGUGUGGGGGUUUUCCCCCUUCGAGUCUCCGGAAGAUAAAUGCUGCUAGGCCAUCUGUUGCAUUGCCUGCCUGUUAGCGGUGGCUGGGGGUUCCAGCUGCUUCCAACUCAGAGGGGCUCUCCGAACACAGGGCCCCGGUUGGAGAGAUCUCAAGCACUCUGAUAGCGUUCCCAGGCCAUAUAGGUGACUGCUUCACUCACCCCUCCUGGCUGCCGCUUCCCUUGGUGCCUGGCACAGGUUGCCUGCCUCCCUUUCUUGCUACCCCUCACUCGGUUGCAAUUGCCUCACAAAACCUAGGCAGUUGUUUUGUGCAGGUCAGCCCCCUCUCCCAUGUGACUGCACAGGUAGCUGGUCAUUGUCCAGAAAUGCUUCGGUGGGGGAGGAACUCAGUCUGUUCAGGGGAUGCGUUGAGGUGCGAAGCCCCAGCCCCGUUGGUGCUGCUCCCUCCGCUGCUCCCAAAGGAGGCACCCCUAUCGGCAUCUUCAGACGUGGGGGGGUUCCUCUGGUGAGCAGCCUGCCAAAGUCGAGGCCCCCCAACCUCGCCUGAGCCAGCACCUGUGGAAUUGAGCACUGCCCCUUUAAUUUCUGGCAGCCCUGGCAGGAUAGUGGGCGGAGCUAUAUAGAGGAGUCAGGGAGCAAGCGUAUUUCAAGGCUCUGGUGAGACCCACUCCGAGGGUGCCCAGCACACCGCCUCAUCGCCACUACACAUGGAGCUCUCCCAGGUCCUGAACCUGCUCUGAAAACCUGUCCUUGGUCCUGUUUCCUGCUGGCCUCUUGCUGGCCUGGUCUCCUUGAACCUCUGCCCCUAAGAUCCCCAGAACCCAGCCAGCCCUGGCCUAGAACAAGACAGUCACGCACUCACACACUGCUGCAAAACCAGCUUACCCCAGACCGACAGUGAGGCUGCUCACAGAACCGAAAACUGGGUCAGACAAUUGACCUGCCCAGGUUUGGGAGCUGAGCACACUCCUAAUUUUCAGGUUUUUUGGGAGCAGGCGACUAGGCAGGAGGAGAGAGGAGGGAUAGUGUGGGAGGCGGGAGCCGGGUAGGACAGCUUUUCCUCCUACCUUGGUCACAUGCUGGGUAUGAAAGCUGGGCCGGACAGCGCUUUCUUCUGUUCCUGCUUCUUCAAGCGUGUGAAAUGUGCCAUAAAUGUUGCACUACUAAUCCUUUUAAGGAGUUUUCACUAAGGCCUUCACUUCACGGGGGAUCAAGAAGCAAUCCUUCAAAUGAAUCUGCUUGCUGUUGAGCCAGACCAUUGGUCCAUCUAGUUCAAUACUGCCUCCACAGACUGGCAGCAGCCCUAAUUGGUGACGGCACGGACUGAAUUUGGUACUGCCUUGCAGGCAGUCUGCUGAGCCACAAGCCCCCACUCUAACAUUCUUUCUCCUUCCCUCUGUGACAAUCUGAAGUGUCUGUCUGAGGUGAGGAGGAAGAGGCAUCUGGAUGGCCACUGGGCAGGGAAGCUGAUAUCCCAAAGGGAUUCCAAGUUGGCCCAUUGGCCACCAGUCAAUAGUCAUGAACUGCAAGAUUCCAGAAACAGGAGCUGACUGUGUGUCUUGCCGUUGAGUAUAUGUUUGCACUGUGUCUGUAUUGUGAAAUCAUUAAACAGAAAUUGGCCCUUUUCUUCGUCACUUUGCAUACUUGAGGAUAAGAUGCCCGGCUUGGCAGUAAUACAUGCAAAAAGGAUCCCACAGCUAUAGUCGAUCACAAGCUGAAUGUGAGUUCGGGAUGUGCACGAAGCGAGGUUAGUGCAGAGGUUUGGCGCCGAACCGGUUCAGACCUCCUGUUUUUUAAGUCUUGAGGCUACCUUUGCCCCCUCCCAUUAUCCUUGAGUUAUAAUAUAUCCCUCCACGCCGUGUUAGCAGGAUCAUAAAUGCAAAAGCAGAUCAUCAAAAGGGAAUGGCAAAAGAAUUAUCCAUCCGUCUCCAAAACCUUGCAAAUAAAAGUAUUGCCGCUAGUUUUCUAAAUGUGAAAGCAAGCGAGUCUCCUUAAGAAAAGACAUCAUAACUAGGAUGCCAUUGUUAAUUUUAAAUGUGGGGCGGGGAGCCAAGAAAUGCAAAAAUGAGCAAUUCCUGACCUCAACAGAUGACAUCCUAGCCUUAACUCUGUAGUGUGUGACAUCAGGUGGUGAAAGGAAACUGAAGACUCUGCAAAAUAGGCAAGGCUCCUGCCUAACAACCAUGUUAAUCCAAAGAUAUUAGGUAGACUUAGGCUAUAUUCGCACGUCAUGCAGAACUGCGAGCUGCUUCCCCACCCCCUGCUCUCCUGUCUGCAUUCGGAUAUCAUAUUCGGAUGAUAGUCUGAGAACAUCCUCUCUGCAGUCAGCGAGACUACAGAGAGGAGGGGGAGCUGGUUGUGCAGGCAUCCUUCUUGCUUGAAGGACUGUACAGCCAGUCAGGGAGGGAGAAACUUCCUUCCUCAACUCCAGUCUGGCCGAAGGAAGCAGAGGUUUCGUCUGCCCUCCAUUUACCCUUCGUUUGGAGCAGCGAAACUCAUUAAAAACUGAGGAUUCAAAUUGGAGUCUCCAAAGCACAACCUCGAUACGUUCGACAGACAGGACCGGAGUUGCACAUGUUCGGACGUAACAGUAGGGAAACUGCAGGUAGCUGCAACUCCAGUUCCCCGUUACGUGUGAAUGAGGCCAUACUUUUGCUGAACUAAUAUCCACAAAAUUAAUAUUGGCCCGGAGCAGGCAGGAGAGAACCCUAAAUGUAGUGUCCAGUUAAUGAGUGGCUGAUGAGGUUCAAGGGAGCCUUGAGUCUUUGUUCUUUGGCAUCUGUUGCACAGAAAUGGUGCUACAGUGAAUGUUUCCGUCAUGCUCUCAUUGCUUUCUAUCACCACCACCUCUUUUCAUCUUCUUUUCUCUCAAUGAAGGGGCCCUGGCAAUUUUGGAACGUUAGUAGACAGUGAGGUAGUGAGUCUCAGAGCCCAUGGAGAGGUCUGAGAGUGACAAAGGACGUGUAAGACCUUCCAGACUCCCUUUCUUCUGAGAGAUUUCGGCAGAUACUGCUUUCUCUCUCUCUUUCUCAUGCCUUCUCCUCCACUCAAGAGAAUAUUGGGCUGCCGUUUGCAGUUGGGCUACAGCUGUGGUAUUGAUGGUACCACAAUCAGUGGAAAAAUCAGUGAGCUUUUGCCACCAGUUUCAGCCAGGCUGAGAUUUAUGAUUUGUUUCUCUGAAAUAUUUAUACAGUCCCUCAGCCUUCAGGUCCGUCUUGAAGAGUGGCCGCUGGCACUGAUCAGGGAAGGCACCUCCUGGGACGCUUUCCAAAGAUGCUUUGUUUACUUCUCUCCCGAAAAAUGAUUCCACUGGAAGGCCAUUAGCAAAGUUGUGCUUGCUCAGAACCUGCCACACCUCAGCAACUCCCGCUUAAUGGCUCUUGGCAGCAUAAUUAAAUAAGCUGAGCAGAUUGGGUGGGAAAUGGACCGGAUUGGCUCCUAGCCAUAACUUUGGGGAGAUGAUGCAUGCCGGGCAGACCAAAUUAUGGACCCCGGCAGCUUCGGGCUGCUUUGAAAAGUCCGGCUUCUCAGCUUGCGUUCAUGGCGAUGGAUGGGGGGUGCUGCUUCUAUGGUGAACUCUCAGGAGAGGGGAAGGGGGCAUGGGCACCAGGACCAGCGUCAGGGGUCAGCAUUGCUCCCCGGGGCCUUCCGAGGGGCUCGCGGCUGGUCCCUGCGGCCACUCUGUGCCCAUUGUCUGCAUGUGGUAUUUGAGUCAACAGGUUCAGGAGACCCUGUCCCACCGUGCAUUUUCCAGGCCGGUUCCAGAUAUGGAUAAGAACAUCAGAACAGCCCUGCUGGAUCAGGCCCAAGGAGGCCCAUCUAGUCUAGUAUCCUGUUUCCCACAGUGGCCCACCAGCUGCCCCUGGGGAGCCCACAGGCAAGAGGUAGGUGCAUGCCCAUUCUCCUGCUGUUGCUCCCCUGCAACUGGUACUCAGAGGCAUCCUGCCUCUGAGGCUGGAGGUGGCCUAUAGCCCUCCGACUAGUAGCCGAUGAUAGACCUCUCCUCCAUGAAUUUGUCUAAGCCCCUUUUAAAAGAAAUAGUUUUUUUAAAAAGAGGCCCAUUUAAAUAAAUAGUAGAAAGAACCUUGCAGAUUGUGUGGUUUCUCCUGCCAUUUCUAGGCUGAGUUGGGGGGAGAAAUGAGAGGAGAUUGUUUCCCCUGGAUUGUUUAUCUUCAAGCACUUUCUGUUCCGGGAGCAAAGGAGGGAAGUGGCAGAGAGAGUGCUUAUUCAGCUCUCGUCUCCAACCAAUAAAGGUUAAUCGACAAAAGAAGGAGUGGGAUUUGCCAGGAGCCCAGUGGUGCAUUUGGUUCUGGAGGGCUGGUGUCUUCCUGAGACUGACCAGCUUGCUUCUCCACACCACAUGCACAAAGGCGGCGCUCGCAUUCAGGAACAGUGGACGAGUGGCUGGUUGCCGCCUGAUGCCAGGGCACUGUGUACUCGGCAAUGAGAAAAGUUGCAUCCCACAGCCAGCGUAAGUUAUAUAAGUUUGCAUAUAUUUGCUUUUCACAAGCUAUUCUGCCUUUCCUAGCUGCUGAAAACACGGUCUCCCAGUGUGCCUGUUUACCAGGUCAGUGCCAUUCUCUUUCUCCUGGUACCUGUCACUGGUAAAUCAAUUUAUUGGAGGGUGUUUUUUUUUUUAAAUUUUCUAUGACUGACAUCCUAACGCCAUGUUGUGUAAAGCCAUUGCAGUAGCAUAAGGCUGAUGUGCUAGGUAGCUGUGCUGAGUCCAGCUAGUAUUGCAUUAGUGCAAACGUGAUUGUGUUGACAGCAAAGGUGCACAACCUAUAAAGGUAGAGUUGUGCCCUGGCGACUACAGAGCCCUAGAAUACAGGAGGAGUUUACUAUUGUCUCUCCCUCACAGUAUGAGAGGAUGCCUAUCAGCAUCUUCCUAUAUCGCUGCUGUUCGAUACCGGUGUUUUCCAUAGUUUGGGGAAAAUACCAGCGGAGAUUCAAGCCAGCAACCUCUUGCUUGCUAGGCAAGUUAUUUCCUCACUGCACCAUUAGGUGGCUACCCAACUUAUGGCAUGCCUCAUGUGUUUUAAAGGGAACUUUUGUGCAAUGGCAGUUGCAAAAAUCCCUGUGACUUUGGACGGUUACACAAUCUUUGGGGGCAAGUGUGAUUAUGUUUAGCUAGAGUGUUGGCCGAUAUUUCCCCCUAUUUUUUGCCUCUUAAGGAAAUGUCUUGUUAAAAAUGCAACAUAUGAACAGCCCUUUUGGAUCAGGCCCAAGGCCUCUCUAGUCCAGCAUCCUGUUUCCCGCACUGUCCCAUCAGAUGCCUCUGGGAAGCCGACAGGCAAGAGGUGAGGGCAUGCUCUUUCUGCUGCUGUUGUUCCCCUGCAACUGGUAUUUCGAGGCAUCUUGCCUCUGAGGCUGGAGGUGGCUUAUAGCUCUCAGACUAGUAGCAAUUGAUAGACUUGUGCUCCCUGAAUGUGUCUAAGCUCCCUUUAAAGCCAUCCAAGCUGGUGGUUAUCACCACAUCCCAUGGCACAGAAUUCCAUCAGUUAAUGAUGCACAGUGUGAAAAAGUACUUCCUUUUUUUGGUCCUAAAUUUGCUGGCUGUCAGUUUCAUGGGAUGACCCCUGUUCUAGUGUUGUGAGAGAAGGAGAAGAAUUCCUUUCUAUCUCCUCUCUCCACUCUAUGCAUAAAUUUAUAGACCUCUAUCAUGUCUCCCCCUUAGCUGCCUUUUUUCUAAGCUAAAAAGUCCCAGAUGUUAGUUGAAUUGGCAGAAUUGUCGUUCUUCAGGGUCCAGCACUUUCUCCCGGCUCUCUAGCAAUGACAUCUCCAAAAUAUGCAGAAGCUGGACCAUGUGUGACUAAUGUCUAAACACCUGGCAUUUUUUUCAGUGAUGUUUAUGGUGGUUUUCCAGUUUAGUGCACUGGACAUGAAAAGGAAGGGGGAGUCAAGAGAAAACCAAAACUGCGGAAGGUUGAUUAAAAUGAAGCCAGGUGUGGAGAAAGGAGAGAGAGGUGGUUUUUUCCUUCCUCUCCCAUAAUGCACAAAGUCACUAAAGAAAAUUGAGAGGCAAUAGAUUCAGGACAGACCGUAGAAACUAUUUUCUCAUUCAACAUAUAAUUUAUUUAUGGCAUUCACUGGCAUGAGGUGAGGGUCUGACGGUCAGCAUAAAUAGCCUUCAAAGGGAAUUAGACAAAUUCAAGGAGGAGGAGUCUAUUAACCAGAAUGGCUAGAUAGAACCUCCAUGUUCAGAGGCAGUAUAGCACUGAAUGCCAGUUGUUGCAGGGUGGGAAUGUGCAUUGGCACCGGUGGCCAGCCAGUGACCAACAGAUUCUAGGAUUCAAAGACUUUAAGCUCACGUUGCCAAAUGCCAAAGAAGUUUUAUUAAGCAGACCUGAAUAAUACCUCAAGAGGAUUACAGAACAAAGGAUAUAACAUACGUCCCUUCUGCUCAUCAGGAAACCCAGAUGAAGGCAGACAGAUCCCCUGAAGUCGGCUGGUUGCAAAACUCCUUCUCAGGUCUCUCGGUCUACGCCAAGGUUUGAAAUUCUGGGGUGUCCUGGUGCCUUUUGAUACGUUUACAACACAUAUAAACACCUGGCGAUCUUCUGGUGGGUGCACCUUAUCAGUGGAAUGUGUGAGACCCAAACACUUGACCAGCUGCCAAAGGACAUUGUAAUCAAAAUACCGUCCUUGGCUACACAUCCAUCUAUCCUCCCUUAAAGUGGUCAGCUAGGGAGUAUAUUUUUAAGUAAACCAUAUCUCUGCCUUGUGGCGUACAAAGAUCUGAGGUUCAAAACAUGAAUAGAGCAAUGAAGGUGAUUGCAAGGUCUUUAUUGAAAAAUGCGAUAUGAACUUUCAAAGUCUGUAAGGAAACCCUUUAUAUACAUAAGUAUAAGGAAUCUGCAAAAUCCUAUAUGCACAGAGGGAAAAGGUGGACUGCACCUCUAAACCUCCUUGCCAUAUCUUCUGCAGCGGCAAUACAGGGUGAUCAGAAGACUACUGCCUUCAUGCCCUGUUUGUUGACUUCCUGAAAACAUCCAGAUGUCCCACUGAGAAACAGGAUGCUGGAGUUGAUGGCCUUUGGUCUCCUCUUGGGCAAUUCUUUGUAUAUUAAGAAUUGCCUCGUCUCCAGGGGUAUAGCUGUAAUAGGGCAAGGGGAGACAGUUGUCUGGGGGGCCCCCCAGAGGCAAGUCACAUGACUGACUCCCCCAGAGGUGCACCCGCCCGGGCUUCCUUCAGUUGUAUUCAUCCUCCGAAACUGAUGUGAGUGUUAAGACCUGGAGCUACCCAAACAGCAGGUCUUUCUCUAGUACCAUUCAAUGACUUGCAUUGUCCACAAUUUACAAAACCUUUUAAAACAUAAUUUAAGGUGGUUUUCUAUUGUGGCACAUAGGUUUUUACUCUACUUUUUGUUACCACUAUUCAGCCUCAUUUAAGAGUUCUUUACUUCAUGAGCUGAGCUUCAGUGGGGGGUGAGGGGCAUUUUAAAAUCUUGUCCCUGGGCCCACUCCAACCUUGCUACGCCCCUGCUCUUCUAGUAAUAAGGGCGGACUGAAGGGUGGUUCAGAAUCAGUCAUAAGGACAGAAUUGCUCUAAGUGGUAACAUGUGAUUGCAGUAUAUAUGUGAUUAUCUUUGCUCAAUUAUUGGGUUGAAGUCUCAGUGUAGGCUGCCAUAUGCAGUGCUCGAUGUCUUCGGCUGCUUUGGGAACUGUUGUUGAAAAGCAGUAUAUAAAUAUUAGUCAUGUUCAUAUUCUUCUUCUGGUCUUCUGUCCACUGCAGAUGGAUGCAGGAGGAGGCAGUUCCAGGCACUAGUUUUGAUCUUUCUCUUUCUGCCUCUUCUUAAUUCUGGUCCUCUGGACCAAAACCUCCCCCAUAGCAAUCUGUAGGGGAGGAAGCAGGGAAGUUAUAGGGAAAACAGUUAGAGAUAUUUUGGAUUAGAGAGGAGAUGCGUCUUGGAGUUCAAAGGAGACCAUCUGUUGCCCAAAAGUGGGGAUGGAAAAAGCACGGCUCUGCACUCAGCAUGCAUUAUCUGGGCCUUUUCUCCCUUCAGCAUGAGGGAUGUAAACGUAUUAUUUGCAUCGUGCAUUUUUUAUUUUUGAAAGUCUUCAUUAUUAAAAAGAAAUCUUAAUUAUUUCCCCUCCCUGAUCUUUCAUGUUUAGGUCCCCUCACCCUCUUCAACCCCAGCUUUUUAUCUGUAGAUUUUUAUCCGGUUUAAAAAUAACCAGCUCUUUGGAGCAGAGACUAUAAGGGAAAUUGCCACAAUGCCGUCUAAUAGGAAAUCCGAGGGAGUGACAGAGGUCAUCCGGUAGCUCAGAUUUAUUAGCACGCUCCAUAGAGACGUGGGUUUAUUUACAGAUCUGCCUUGCUAGCUUCAGAUCUGUUCUCCACCCCCUUUCCCACCCACCCGUCUCUCCAUUUCAAGGAGUUGUGUCCAACUUUUCCCAUCCAGAGUCAGGCCCCUUUCCAUGGUUCUUACCAUGGGAAGAACAGAAAUGCAAAGCGGGUACCUACAUUGUCAACCUCUUGGGUUUUGUCUGCAUCCCGGAUGAUGCAUCUGGACGGAAUCAACACUUCAUUCCCAACACACUGAGGUCAUUCACACAAUCAAAAAUGGCGUCCAACCCGGGUUUGGGAGCUGUGUGUGCUCCCAUUUUGGGGUUGUGUGGAAGCAAGGUGGGAGGAAAACCUGGGUAGAAGUGACUGGGUGGAAAUCUUACCUUGCUUCCACACAACUGAAAAUUGGGAGUACACACAGCUCCCAAACCUGGGUGGAACACAGUUUUCGAUUGUGUGAAUGACCUCAUUGUUUUAUUUUUUCUUUGGUUAGCCCCAACCCUCACAUGUUGUCUCCUGUUAUACUCUGUACAUUGUCUUGGCAGCACCCGCUCCCAGUUACUGCCCUUUCUGCACCUUCACUCAAGUUCUUCUUUUGCUCAACAAAUUCGCAGUUAUUCAUUCAUGGUGGAGGGCUGUAAAGUUUCUUCUCAAAGAAUAGCAAUGCUGUCGCUGGGAUGUCUGUGAUGGUGGGCGAACUCGCCUUGGCUCAAUUCAGAAGUGGGGUUGGCAAAUCAAAGUGGGCUUUCCAAAUCAGAUCAGAAAAUAGCUCCGCGGCUAUUCCAAGCCCAGUUCCAAAAUCUAGACUCCUUGCUGUCCCCCAGAAAAGGAAAGAAAUAAUUUAGGUCAAAUAAACAAACUGCUUGUCGAUGGGACAGGAUGCAAGUUUUGGAAGACACCAAAUGCUUCAUCAGGCAAACUGGUGCAAUGUGUACAACGGGGAAACUUGAAUAUGGUCUCGCUAACAGAAGCUGGCCUAAUGCAAGCUAUACUUGGUUUUGUAAUGGUGGAGAAACCCUGCUCUCCUUUGCCAGACGGAGGAAGUAAACAUUCUUCCCUUCCCUCCCAGUUUGUCACAGCUGCUGGUAGGCAUGCUCAAUGCCCCGUUUCAACGGCAAGCCUGGCUCAGACACAAAUCUCCUCCUCCUCACUGUGCAUUCUCAACUCACAUUAAUGUUAAUGGCAGCUGCGGGCAGGCAGGUGGCCAGAAAGCAAUCUUCCCCUGGAGAGUCAACUGGCCGGCAGGACUGCUCCAAAACUGGAAAAGGACUCCCAAAAGAGGUAGUGGGCUCCUCAGGGCGUAACUAGAUCAGGCCCAUCUCCUCCUCAGGUCCUCUGUGAGUUCUGGACUUCACGCCGACAUGGAGGCAGGGCUGAGAGGUUCCCAUAUGCUCACAGCUGCUUUGUCAGGGAGUCUGCACUUUUUCGGAACAGAGGAAGAGGCCUUCUAUCGAGUCAAACCCUUGGUCCAUCUAGCUCAGGAUUGUCUGCGCGGACUAGCAGCAGCUUCUCCAAGGCUGCAGGCAGGAAUCUCUCCCAGCCCUAUCUUAGAGAUGCCAGGGAAGGAACUUGGAACCUUCUGCAUGCAAGAAGGAAGGUGCUCUUCCCAGACCUUUUGACUUGUGCUGCCGUUUUUCGUCAAUAACCCAUUUGGCUAAAAAGGUGGUCCAGUGAAUUGGAAAGCAUAGAUCUGAUUCUUAGAGGAGCCAGUACAGGGUAGUGGCUAGAGCGCUGGAUCGGGACCUGAAAGACCCAAACUCAGUGGUGUAGAGCACAUUGGGUUUCUGCACCAGUGGUAAUCUCUCUGUCCAACCUACCUUGCAAGGUUGGUGUGAGGAUAAAAAAGGGUUGGGGCCACCAUGGCUCCUUGGGUUCCUUGAAGGAAUCUUCAGCAAAUUCGGAAUAGUCCUUCUGUGAUCCUUCUCUCCAUGGCUAGUGGACAUCUGGCAACAUCACAAUCCAUGCAUCCAUGUGGCCACGUCUUUGCAGUAGUGCCGUGUGAGUCCAGCCAAAUCUCCAGUUGAGGACCACACGUAUGUGAUGCAGUGGACUCUAUGCGCCCCCCCCCCCAAAAAAGUGCAGGCCAAGAUAGAUCUGUUAAUUUUUAAGAGGCUACAAGAAUCCUUCUUCCUUUUGCUGCCAUAGUGUAUACCCUCCGGCGAGUGUCCAUUAAGUGCAUGUCGGCAGAAACGGAGGAUUUGCAUAAUUCAUCCCAAGAGUAGAUGGUGGGGUUUCUAACACUCAGAAUGCCAGUGGUCUAAUGCAAAGAUUGGUGGUCCGGACGCCUGGGCCAGCACCCUGGAGGAAGAGGAAGCGGCCAGCAGGCUAGGAACCUCAAAAAAGAAAAGAGACACGAGCGACCUGUGCUUCGUGAUCACCUUGCUGCAAAGCUGACAGAUACAUCCGUUUUGGCUCUUGCUGUUACGUUAUGGCCAUCCUGAGCUUUGGGGGACAUUGCCAACUCUUUUAAUGCCACUCUCUGUAAAACACACUGCUUUAGCCUUCUGUACAUAAGAUACAUAGGAAUCUAAAUACACAUCUCUGUGUAUGUAUAUGGCAAUAUGCAUACAUACAUGCCAAAUUUCAGAUCCUGUACAGUUUUUGUUUUUUGAUGGCCUGCUUUUUGUUUUAUCGGUGUUUGUUCUGAGUUGCAGAGUGAGCUGCAAAAACAAAACAAAACAGUUUUCGGGCAUGAUCCGGUCGGGAAGCUCUCCUGCACAGUCUCCACUGAGAUGAAUGGGAGCUGAAGAGAGUCAUGGCAGUGUUCUUGCACAACCCCCAUUCCUUAUUAUUGCCACUUUAUACUGGGCAGGAUCCAAACUAAGUUUGCCAUGCCUAAGUCCCAUUGAAAUUCUAAGUUUUUUAUUUUAUUUGUCAAAUUUUAUUUUAUUUUUAUUUUAUUUGUCAGAUGUGUACAGAUUUGUACCCUGCCCCAAACUUUAAUCUCUGGGCAGUUAACAACAACAUAAAACCAGUUAAAACAUACACAAAAAUCUUAAAACAAUUAAGGCAAUCUAAAAAUUAAAAACUGGUCCGGAUCCUGCUCAAAGCAUUGUUCACUAAGACCAAAUUUUAAAACACUCUAAAACAGCCUUAAAGAUCUUAUUCUAGCAGGCCACAAGCUAAACAGACACUAGGAAAAGCUGACGUAUAAGGUGACGGAAGGAAUAUAAGAAUGUAAUGAGGUGGAUCUCUUGGGGUGGGCAGUUCCAAAGGAUCAGUGGCACAAUCCCCCCAAAAACUCUUUGCUAUGAAUUUGUGCAGGAGGGCAUUCUGCCGAAUUGUGCUCUCUUCUUUUGUUUGUUCAAAGAUUUCAUUUUUAAAAAAAAUAAACAAACAACUGUAUAUGGAAUAUACAUAUAUCUAUUUUGUGGUGGUUGUUGCAGAAUUGAAUACUUGUCACUGGAAACAGACGAAAACAAAAACAAAAACAGCAUUGACUGUAAGGCAAAAACCCCACCCAAACACUGAACUGAGGAAGGCACGGCGGUUCUUCUCACGGAUUGUAAAUUUGUACAGUACCAUUUAUAAAGUUUUCUACACUCGAGGGAAAGUAUUUAUAAUUUCUGCCGUUUGACUGGGGUGUGAGUUGCCAUGGACUGCAAAAGGAAAAAAAAAAAUAUGGGUUGCUCUUUUUCGUCCCUUGUGCUCUGUGCGGUGUUCGGUGAGGUAAAUUAUGUAUGAAUUAUUUAUGCCAAUAAAGACUUUGAAAACGA